GCGUUUGCCCUGUUCAUAUUUGACUCCGAGCUUGUCAUUGAACACCGACAGACUCACUCAGCGCGGGAAAGUCAACACAUUAAGAUCGCAAUUAAAAGGGCAUUCAACUCUCUGUGGGAAACUGAGUAAAACAUUUUGCCAGAACAAAAACAGAGGCUCUGCAAGAUAGAGAGAGAUACAUUAAGUGUAAAAAGACAGACGCAUGAUCUCCAGUGUUGGGUGAAGGGUGUAAUGGAGGAAUAAGUGAAGGGGAACCAAAGUGAGAAGAGAAAAAGAAAGAAUGAAGACAACUGUAAAGCGAAUACUUCUUUUCAUCUGUUGUCAUUUCAAUUAAUACGUCAAAAUCAGGCAACAUGAUUGAAAGGAGACUGCUCCUGUUGGUGUAUCUCUGUCUUUUAGGAGGAGGGUGUGUCACUAAGAUUGUUCGAAGGAGGGGAGUGGGCUCGAUUCGAGCCCAGUUGCAUGGGGGGAAUGGAGCAACUGACCAACGGGAUGCAAGUUUGGAGAGGAAUGGAAAUACAAUAACAAGAUUCAAAGAACUGAUUGGUCCUGAGGAAGUUGAAGAGCAAAUUUUGGCUCACGAGAGUCGUGGAGCUUCUUCUGUCUUCAACAAAGAAAACUUUGUUGGGUUUAAUGCCAAACAACCUCAAAUAAAUGAAGAUUCUGAGGUACAAACAGCAGCUGAUGACACCAGAGACCUGGUAGAUUUGAGAAGGAACCAAAAUUACACCAGGAAAAGUGAUGUUUUAUCUAAAAAUGGCAGAAUUGACAAAUGGAUCCCAGUUCACCACAAGUCGACAUCUGGUAUGCGCUUCAGAAUCCCCUCGAGAUCCAAAGUGAGUUCAUUUUCUGCUAUUCACACUACAGAGGGUACAAAGGUAUUCACUGCAGAUUUACCACGGAAAUUAAACCUGACUGGAAGCUAUGGUGUGUUAAAACUGAUAUCUAAAGACAACCUUGUGCGGAUUGUGAAUUCCCAGCUUCAGAGUGUGCCAGGUCUCAAUAUUCCAGGCAAAAUUAGUCACAGCAGGAAAAGGGAUUUAAUCAACAUGGAUCACAGCCAGAUGGAGGCACUCAAAAUGAAAAAACAAGAUAGGGCAGGUACACUUGAACUUUAUAACACUGAUAACCAGACUGUGGAGCUACAUUUAAGCUCUUUCACAAAUGGCAGUUUAAAUCCAGAUCAGACUGUUCGCACUCUCUGGAAACCAUUUAGUGGAUUCAAUAUGGAUGUAGGCGAGGUUGACAGAAAAACAGACCGGGUACCAGGCACUGCCGCAUGGAAGUACAAACACUUAACGACUCUCAUAGCAUCAACUCCCCAAAGUGAGGUCAUGCCCAGCACAGAGAUGAAUCCCUUCGCAAGUCAGAGUGAUCCAGAGUUGCAUAUGGGCAUAUCGCACACACCUUCUCAAAUGGACUUAGGACAUCGAUCUGAUGACUUUUUCAGCUCACCUACCGAAAGGACUCUUGAUGUUAAAGGGGAAUCAGAUCAAAGCGUUCAUAUGCCAGAACUGAAAUUUGGUGUCACUCAGAAUCCAUUGAUGAAAAAUUUAGAACCCAUCGAUAGCAGUCACAUCCUAAAACUUCCUCCAGAUCUAGAAUGGGGAAAGAAGGAAGCAGAUGACAGUGAAGAGAUAGCUGUUGACUCCCAUCAUGGUGGAGGUGGGAGGGGCCUUGUGUUCCAGGAAAUGGAUGAGGAUAAAGAUGAGGGUCAGAGCCAACAGAAAGGGGAGAUCUCUCGAUCUAGAAGAAGACGAAGCUGGAUCUGGAACCAGUUUUUUGUCAUUGAGGAGUAUGCUGGGCCAGAACCAGUGCUCAUUGGAAGGCUUCACACUGACAUGGACAGAGGUGAUGGACGCACUAAGUACGUGCUGCGGGGUGAGGGGGCGGGGUCAGUUUUCGUGAUUGACGAGAAGACUGGCAACAUCCAUGUUACCAAGCCCUUGGACAGGGAGGAGAAGGACGAAUACCGGCUGAUUGCCACAGCAACAGACAGUCAGACAGAGCGUGCCCUGGAGCCCUCCUCCCAGUUUAUCAUUAGAGUGCAAGAUAUCAACGACAACCCACCUGUGUUUGAGGACGGGCCUUACAGUGCCACAGUAACUGAGAUGGCAAACAUAGGGACCUCUAUCAUCCAGGUGACUGCUUCAGAUGCUGAUGAUCCAACCUAUGGGAACAGCGCUCGGCUAGUGUACACGCUGGUUCAGGGGCAGCCGCACUUCUCUGUGGACCCCCAGACAGGUAUCCUACGUACCGCAGUUCCUGAUCUGGAUAGAGAAGCACAGGAUCAGUAUCUGGUGGUUCUACAAGCUAAAGACAUGGGCGGCCAUUUGGGUGGUCUGUCAGGAACAACAACAGUUACUGUACGAUUGACAGACGUCAAUGAUAACCCUCCGCAUUUCACACAAAGUUCCUGGCUGUUCUCUAUAUCGGAGUUGGCUGUACCAGGGGCGGAGGUGGGCCGGAUCUCAGCAACAGAUGCUGACUUGGGAGACAAUGCCAAGCUGGAGUAUACCAUUCUGGACGGAGAGUCAGGGGACAUCUUCAACAUUACUGGAGUAGACCAAGAGGCCAUGAUCAUUCUCAAUAAGGCGGUGGACUAUGAGAGCCGGAGCUCUUACUCUUUCUCAGUGGAGGUUCUGAAUCCAAUUGUGGACCCUCGCUUUCUGCGCCGCGGGCCUUUUAAAGACCGUGCCUCAAUCAGAGUGGCUGUGUUGGAUGCAGAUGAGCCCCCUCGCUUCUCACGAGCACGUUACCGAAUGGAUGUAUCGGAGAACUGCCCGCCGGCAUGCACCCUGGGACGGGUCAGUGCUGUGGACCCAGAUACGGGGCUCACAAACAACAUCAGGUUCUCCAUCGAUCCUCAAUCUGACCCAGAGGCUCUGUUCCACAUCACUCCAGACACUGGGCUCAUCACUACGGCGACCGAGUUGGACCGUGAGCAUGAGCAGUGGCAUAAUAUCACCAUCAUUGCCACACAGAGAGAUAACCCCAGCCAGGUUUCCAGGGUGGUGGUUGCCAUAGAAACACUGGAUUUAAAUGACAACGCUCCAGAACUGGACAGGCAGUACAAUACGGCCAUGUGUGACUCCGCCUCCACUGGACAGGUGGUGCAGGUGUUGCGGGCGAUUGAUAGAGAUGAGGGCGGAAAUGACAGUGCCGUCCAUUUCAACAUCCCUCCGGACUCCAGCGCUGCCCUCAACUUUAGCAUCAGGGAGAGUGGAGGCCCCACUGCUAGUUUGGUGCUGGCAUCACCUUUGCAGACCCUGUCUCGCUUUGCUUCAUCCUCCCUCACUCUCUAUGUCCCUCUGGUCCUGAGAGACAUGACCUCUGGUUUGACCAGUACAGGAACAGUUACUGUGUCCGUGUGUGCCUGUCUGAGAGGGGGAGCCCGGGCUGGAGAGAAAGAGAAACAAAGUGAGGCGGAGUGGGACAGAGAGACGGUUUGUUUGCCUCAGCACUCUUCCUUGCCCUCCCCUGGACUCAGCACUGCUGCACUACUGGCUAUUUUAGCUUGUGUGGCCACUCUGUUUGCUGUCAGUGCUUUGUCACUCUCCCUGCGCAGGCAGAAAAGGGACUCUCUCUCUCCAUUAGAGGAGGAUGAUGUAAGAGAAAACAUCAUCACAUAUGAUGAUGAAGGAGGGGGCGAGGCCGACACGGCUGCGUUUGACAUCACAGCGCUGCAGAGUGCUCCACACAACGCACGCAGGGGGUACCGCACACUUGACAGCAGGAACAUACGUUAUUCACAACACAAUCAGGUCAAGGCUCGUACAAAUACCAGCUGGGCUCAGGCUGGAGCGCUGGACCCCAGGCAGUACGCCUGUCAAGGGGCCCCUCUAUACGGGCGGCUAUGCUACAGCAGCCAUACCCUCCCAGUGCUACGUCGCUCACAGGGACCCUACGAGCCUGGCAUUUCCGAGCUGGCUUACCGCUUCCCUGGGAGUCAGCCGGAUCACUCUCUUGUCAUUCAGAACCAGGCGGCUGCGGUGGGGCCUUUGGAGCCCGGGGCCAAUUAUGUGGGGCCAUCUGAGGCCAGUCACAGUUCUAAAGAAGGGACAAUAUCUCAGGACAGAGCAACGACAUCUGAUGGAGGAACACCAAGGAGAAAUGACUCAAAGGAGGAUUCAAACAGUGACGCUCAGCAGAGUCAGAAUCAAAGCCAGGAUCUGGACUGGAAGAAUAAACUCAUCCUUACCUCCCACUCUAACCCUCCUGCUCCUCCCCGUCGCCUACAGGUCCAGUCGGAAACGCCCACCCGCGAACGAGAGCUGGUGUUGACCCGUUCUGGUUCAGUGGCUGGGCCAGGCCCCACUGGUGGGUGGGUGUGUGACUCCACAACACUUUCCAGAGCAGGGCGGCAUGCCUCGCGGGCCAGUCUUUCCCUGAACAGGAGUGGCACUGAGCCUACAGAGUCUAACCAUGCUGGGCAGGUGGAUGCUGCCAAUGGCAGUACUGAAGUCCAGAUGCAGUCUGUCAGUGGAAAUUACAGCACCAUCCUACAGGGGGAGCUGCAGAGAGACUACCCAGGGACUCUGGGUCGGGGAGGGUUGGAGAUGGGAAGUGGUUUUGUGGUGGGGAGGCCAGAGAGAGAGGGGAGCAUUCCAUUGAGUGGGAGUACCUGUGCAGGGAUGGGAUAUCCAGAGGGUGGAGGGUUCAUGGGAGACUGGCAUGAACGGGUGGGUAUAACAGGGUACUCACUAGGCAGGAGAGAUAUGACUCCCCAGCUGCUUCCAUACCCCGGGCAGGGUCGGGGGGCUUUUGGGGGCAUCCUGGGUUAUGGAGGAGUCUGGCCCUCAGUGCCUGAUGCAUCUGGAAGGGGGGGGCCUGUAGGAGGAGCGCACUCCCUGGCUCUAAGGGUCGGCGAGUUCCUGCGUCUGCGCCUGGCACAGGUGACCCUUGACCCUUCGCAGCCUCCUUACGACUCUGUGCAGGUGUAUGGGCUGGAGGGCACUGGAUCGCAUGCGGGGUCCCUUAGCUCCCUGGACAGCGAGGGAGGGAAGGAAGCAGAGAAGGAGGUGUGGGGAGCAGGACUGGAAGAUUGGGGCCCACAGUUCCAGAAAUUAUCACAGCUUUUUAGAGAGAGAGAGAAGGAGGGUGGAGAGGAGAAGGAAGGAGAUGGAGAGACAAGCAAGGAUAAAGAAUGGGAAGAGAAGGAAGAGCAGUCUGGAGAUGAGGAGCAUGCGAAUGUCUGAGAAAGAGAGAGUGAAAGGGAGGGGUUGGGGUGGGACAGUGAUUAAAAGGCAACAAGAGCUAGGAUAAUGGAAAGUGAAAGGUAAGGAAGGAGAGAUGAACAGGAAAGGUAAUAAGGGAAGACAGGGAAAAAUGAACACAGGACACAGAGAGAGGGAAUGCAAUGGAGAGAGUGAUUGAUGCAAUUUGAAGCAAUAAGCGCUGAUGUGUGAGCACAGAGACACUUGGAGCUGUGUCUCUUUAGCCAGCAUUUAACAUUCCUCAAGUGCGUUUGAAAGCAAGUGUAAAGCAAAGCUCACUAUCUAGGUCAGGGGUUUUCAAACUGGGGCCACAAGGCGGUACUAGGGGUCUGUAGAAAAUUCAAGAUUUUUCUUUUUUGUUUCUUUUUUUUUAUUUUUGUAUAUAUAAUGUAUUUAUUUUUUAACAGUGAUGCAUAAACACCAAUUGUGCAUACAGUUUUUUAAAAAUAUAUCUUUUUUUUUUUUUUAUUAUAAAUGUUCAUAUGUCCUAUGUAACAUGCAUAUGUUUCAGAAAAAAUGCUGCGAUUUUACAAAACACUUCAGUUAAAAAUGUUCCUGGCUCUAAUGUUGGGUAGGAAAAGAUACCAUGUUCACUUAAUAAAAAAAUACAUAUUUCAGAUAAUAUUUUUAUAAUUUGAUUUGGCUUAAGUGCAAUGACAAAUAAAAAAAAAAAUUAAAAAUGUCAUUAUUUUGUUUUGAAAACAACAUUGUUUAUAUAAUAUCAUGCUUAUCAUGUUUCUUAUACAUGAAAAAAAAAAUAGUUGCCUAUUUUAGGAAAGGGGUCAUCAUGUUUGGGGGCUUUAGCAUCAUACAUUUUGAAAACCCCUGCUCUAGAUCACAUUUAAUUAAGAGAGAGAGAAAGACAGAGAGAGAUUUGAACUUGUAUUUUUGUGGCAGUGUGCAAGGCAAUGCCACCCAAUGGAAGUAAGACACACAAGGGUGGAAUAGAACACACAAGGGGGGUAGGAAAUUGAGUUGUACAGAAAUUGUUUAUACAUUAAGAAAGAGGGCUGAAUUAUUCAGUCCAUUUCAUUCCAAAAGAUAUUCCUGAAUAAGUGUCUGCACAAAGAUUCUUGGCGUUUACAUAUACACACAUUUUCACAGACGAAAACACAUGGAUUUCAAACCCUGCUUGAAAAUUCUGCUUUGCAUUUUUAAAGGGAUAGUUCACCCAAAAAUUAUAAUUCUCUCAUCAUUUACUCACCCUCAUGCCAUCCCAGAUGUAUAUGACUUCCUUUCUUCAGCUGAACACAUUUGAAGAAAAAUAUCUCAGCUCAGUAUAAUGGAUGUGGAUGGUAACAUGAUUUUUGAUGCUCCACAAAGCACAGACAAUCAGCUUUAACAUCUUCCAUACAACUCCAGUGGUUACAUGAAUGUCUUACAAAGCGAUAUGAUUACAU